UUAAAAUGAAUCUCAAAACAAACACUCAUCCGUUUUCUCACAGGUGUUCCUUCACGACCAAGGAUGCGUGCAUUCGCAUAUUACAGCGGAAAAUGUGUAUCUGGCUGUGGACUACAGUGAUCCGUUGGAUAUUCCAUGCGAUCAAUCUGUAAAGCUCGGAGACUUCUGUUGGGCUAGCGUACCACGCGUAAAAUGUGGACGAGUUCACUCUCCACAGUCUCUCCUUCCCCCGGAGGCAGUGAACAGUGAUGAGGAUUGCAGCACCGCAACGGACAUAUGGCAGUAUGGUCUACUGCUCGCCUCUUUGGUCACGCUGAACUCAGUUCAACCGUUGAUUUGUCUGCCUCCGGAUUUACUUCUCACGGAUAGAAUCAUCAAGAACUAUUAUACAUGUCUUUCGAGCGGUGUUCGUCAAGUGGAUCCUUACAUGACAGCGCUAAAAAGCAAAAUACUGAUGUGCUUGUCGUCAAAUCCCAAAAGCAGAGCUUCCGCAAAGAAGCUUGAGAAAGAAAUCGUAUCUAUAAACUUCGCAGCUCCUGUAUCAGUAGCCGGAACGAGUUCCGUACUAGUCUGA